AUGAGCAAGUUCGACGAGAUGGACGUGGACAAUGAUGCCGAAGACGACGAUCCCAUAACCGCCAGCUACCCCGUCUUCCUGAACCCUGCCCUCCCCCUCGGGCGCCGCCUCCUCAUCCUGCAGCAGCCCAACCGUACAGAUGACACGCCGCGGCCGCCGCCCACCGAACUCCGUCUGAAGGCGCACUCGGGCAUGGUCGAGGUCGACGUGCCUCUGGACAACACGACCGCCUACGACCGUGAGAAGGGUUUGAAAUGGGGCCGCGUUCUUCAGUCAUCCAUGGCGUCAAAGAACGGCGGCAGUCACGGUCUAGCAGGUGGAUUUGGCUUCGGCGCAGUACCGCAAAGAGGCAAGAAGAAAGGCGAGUCGGACGACGACGAGUACAUGGACUGGAACGAGGCCGUUCGCCAGGACAUGGUGUUGAGGACCCAGACCCUGGGAGGACAGUACCCUGACACGGACGAAGUCCAGUACAUGGUUGGGGUAUUCCAAGGCAAAAACCUCCAUCUCACGCCCGUCUCUUCCCUCGUUCAUCUCAGACCGCAGCUCCACCACCUCGACGCAGCCACUCAACAAGAACGCAGCGCCUCCGCCUCUGCGUCCAAGGAAGCAGCAGGAUCUUCGUCAACCGCCGCGCGCGCCAUUCACAUGACAAUCAAGAACACCGCCGAUGGCGACGCAGUCACAACAGAAACCAUGGCAGAUAGGUUACGCUUCGUGCAGACCGAAAACUGGCGAAAGAUGAGGUAUACGGACGAGAAUGAAGAGGCCGCAUGGGAAGUAUACAACGAGAGUCUGUUUCUGUACCCCAAGGCUGGGGGCAGCAAGGCCGCCGGCGAGAGUGAGACGAAAGAGAAAGAACCAGCGGAAACAGGUAUGGAGGAAUUGGCGCCCAAGCUCGGGGCCAAGUGGAACACCAAGCAAAUGUUGGAGGCUGUCAGUGGUAUUCAGAAACCUGAUGCGAAACCAGAGCCGGAGAUCAAGCCUGAACCAAAGGGUAAGCAAGCGGUCGGAGAUCGAGGGACACCCAAAGGGAAACCACGGGGUGGUGCAGCUCCCGCUGCUACGAAAAGGACCAGUAGAGCAAGGGCACCAUCGAAAACAGCAAUCACUAUUGACUAA